AUGGGGCGCCCCGCGCUGCUGCUGCUUCUGCUGCUGCUGGCGCUCGCGUCCCGCGCCGCCGCGCCGCCGCCGCCGCCCGAGCUCUGCCAAGACCCCUCCGUCGACGCCGCCUUCCAAGCCGAGGACGGGCAGAUCUACGUCUUUAAAGGCUCGCAGUUCUGGGAGGUGUGGCCGCUGCGCUCGCCGCCCGUGGGGCCGCCGCGCAACCUGUCGUGCUGGGGCGCCGAGGCGCCGCCGCGGGUGGACGCUGCGCUGGUGCUGGACGGGCGCCUGCACCUCCUCUUCGGCCGCCAGCACGUCCGCCUCGACGAGCGCCUUUGCCAGGCAAGCCUUAGUCGGCAACCACGUCCUUCGGUGGAGGUCGCGGAGCCGCCCUUCCCGCGCGACAACGCGCGCUGGCUGUUCGGGUGCGCGGCGGGGGCGGACGGGGCGCGCGCGCGUCCGCCGCCGCCGCCGUCGCGCUCGCUGGUGCUUGAGCGCGGGCCGCCCGCCGCCGCCGCCCCGCCGCCCGAGUACGCCCGCGCCGCCCCUCGCCGCCGCGCCGCCCGCGCUGUGCGCAUCGCCGCUGCCGCCGACGCCGUGCUGCCCGCGCCGGGCGGCGGCGGCGCCGCGCUCUUCGUUCGGGGCGCGCUGGGUGUGGCGCGUGGGCGGCGCCGGGGCCGACGAGGGGGCGUGGUCCGCGCCCGCCGCCGCCAUCUGGCCGGGCCUCCGCCCGCGCAGCGCGCUGCACGCGGCCUUCCUCGCGCCCGACGGCGCCGCCGUGCUCGUCGGAGGGCGCCGCGUUUGGCGCUUCGCCCCGCCCCGCCCGCCGCCCCCGCCCGCGCCCCUGGCGGCCCGCUGCCCGGCUUCCCGCGCGCGCUCGGCACCUCGCCCUACCCCGGCGCGCCCGACCACCCGACGCCGCGCUCGCCUGGCCCGGAGGGAAGGUCUUCUUCUUCAAAGCUUGCAGUGGAAGACCCCCCAUAUCCACACUCCACGGCGGACGUGUGGUUCGGCUGCGGAGGCGGCGGGGGCGGCAUCGUUGGCGGUGGCGGUGGCGGUGGCGGUGGUGGUGGCGGCGGCGGCGGCGGCACGCGGCGACGGGCGCGCCCUGUCUCCUAA